AUGGCCAGGACCAGCGGCCUGCGGCUUCGUGGCGACAGGAUCAUGAUGACCGCCUAUGCCUAUGGCGACAAUGCGCCUCUCAGUUCGCUGCGAGUAGAUGCAGGCAGGAGUGUAAUGUGCCUCGGAGAUUGCGCAGAUGGCUUGCGGGAGGGCGUCGAGCAGGUCUUGGUCUUUGGUUCCCGGAAUGAAGAAGAAAGAAAUGCGGCGUAG